AUGGAGUCCUUCCUCGGCUUUGACCUCUCCAAAAACUACUCCUUCUUUGCGGUCCCAGCAGCAUUCUUCGUCAUCGCCUUCCCACACAUCUACGGCGUCCGCAUCUCAGCUGGAACCUACGACAACGCCAACCCACGCAGCCACAAAGAAAACGUCGAAAAGAGCGACAAUCUCGACAAGACCAAGAAGCAGCUCAUCCUCCGCGCCAAGGCCGCCACGGAAAACGGCUUCGAGACCAUCGGCUUCUUCGCCGCGGGCGUCGCGGCGGCCAACCACGCUGGGGUGCGCGCUCCCGCCCUCAACGCCCUGAGCUUCGGCUACGUCGCCUGCCGCGCGGCGUACAACGUCGCCUACGUCUGGCUUCAGGCAGACCGCCGGCUGUGCUGGGUGCGCAGCUUGGUGUGGACCGUGGGCAUCGGCCUCAUCACGACGUUGUGGGUGAAGGCUGGGAACAGCAUGUUGGCGGCAUAG